GAAAAAAUAUAGAAUGAUAUUUACUUACAAUUACAAGGUUCAGAUAGUUCAGAAAAGAAAGCCAUAAAUAAAAGAAAGAAACUAGAUUUCUUCAAUGGAUUAUUAUGUCGUUGCCGACGCCUCCCCGAUGAACCAUCUUCUUCUUCGUGUCUUGUAAAUAAUUCUUCAAUGCAUUGCGAGAGGACUUAGCGAAAAUCGGAAGAUAGGGAAAAACAAGAGAGCAAAGGCCGGAUGGUUAUAUCGUUGCAGAUGCCUCCCCGAUCAUUCAUUUCUACUAUUAGAAACGUGAGGAGGGUGCUUGGGACAGCAAGGGCAAAUACUGCAAAAUUAGGCACUGCAGGAAGAGUUGUCUCCUUUCAAGGCUCUUGUAGAUAUGUACAAACAACAUGUCGUCUCACCAUUCCUGGUACUUCAUCGGUAACUGAAGAAAAAGUGCCUUUAAACUUUUUGAGGGACAAGAAGUUGACUCCUGAUUCAGAUCCCCCAACCUCCAAGGAUGUGGAGCUGUUGUACCAAUUCUUUGACCAGAGUACCAAGCUUGUGGUUUUGACUGGAGCUGGAAUAAGCACAGAAUGUGGAAUUCCUGAUUAUAGAAGUCCACAUGGAGCAUAUAGUUCUGGAUUCAGACCAAUUACACACCAGGAAUUUCUCCGUUCUAACCGGACCCGAAGGCGGUACUGGGCAAGGAGCUAUGCGGGAUGGAGACGCUUCACUGCAUCCCAGCCAGGUGCAGCUCAUAUUGCUUUGGCAUCUCUUGAGAAAGCUGGUCGCAUACAUUUUAUGAUUACACAAAAUGUUGACAGGUUACAUCAUCAUGCUGGUAGCAACCCACUUGAAUUACAUGGGACUGUAUAUAUUGUAGUUUGUUUAAGUUGUGGCUUUUCUUUCUCCCGACAGCUGUUUCAAGACCAACUGAAGGCCCUUAAUCCCAAGUGGGCUGCAGCAAUUGAAAGUUUGGACUAUGACAGCCGGUCAGAUAAAAGCUUUGGCAUGAGGAUAAGGCCUGAUGGAGACAUCGAAAUUGAUGAGAAAUUUUGGGAGGAGGAUUUUCACAUUCCCACUUGCCAGAAAUGCAAUGGAGUAGUAAAACCUGAAGUUGUCUUCUUUGGUGACAAUGUGCCAAAAGAUCGAGCUGAUAGAGCAAUGGAAGCUGCAAAACAAUGCGAUGCUUUCCUUGUGCUUGGAUCAUCUCUUAUGACAAUGUCUGCUUUCAGGCUUAUCAGAGCUGCUCAUGAGGCCGGUGCUGCUACAGCUAUUGUAAAUGUUGGUGCGACCCGAGCUGAUGAUUUUGUGCCCUUAAAAAUCAAGGCACGACUUGGAGAGAUACUACCAAGAUUGCUCAAUAUGGGCUCCCUCAGCAUCCCUGCCGUGUAGCAAGCAUAUCAGAAAGAGAUGGUCAAAUGUGUGAAUGCAACUAGGUGAGAUGAAUAUAUAUAUAUAUAUAUAUACAUACUUAUGAUGAAUUCAGAAAUGAAGUAAUUUCAAACCAGGAUAUGGUCGUCAUUUACAUUGAAUCAUGCGUUCUUCUUCCCUCUAUGGCUCCUUUCUCCAUUGUUUGCAAUAUGAGUAUUAUGAUAUGACCCGUCCUGCAAUGUUGCACUUGUACCUAUAUAUGCUGCCACCUAUAAAUGAAUUGAGUAAUUUAUGUAA